CCCGCCUCAACCACCACUCGUCAACAUGGCCGAUUCCAAGUACUACGAGUUGUACCGCCGAAACAGUCUGGGUGGCGCCCUCACGGACACGCUGGACAACCUGAUCACCGAGCGCCGAAUCGAGCCCCAGCUUGCCAUGAAGAUCCUCGCCAACUUCGACAAGGCAGUCGCCGACGUCCUCGCGGAAAAGGUCAAGGCCCGGCUGACGUUCAAGGGACAUCUCGACACCUACCGGUUCUGCGACGAUGUCUGGACCUUCAUCAUUAAGGACAUCAACUUCAAGCUCGACAACACGAACCAAGUCCACGCCGACCGGGUUAAGAUUGUUAGCUGCAACACGAAGCGCCCCGGUGAGGCCUAGAGCAUAUGCUCUGGUCUUACUUGUUAGUGGCGUGUUGCUUACAUUUUUUCUGGCGUUAGGUGGCCCCGAUGUCAAAAUCUCUACGAGAAAACGACGAGGUUGUCAAGCACGAGGUCAAGCGGGAGGUCAAGCGGGAGAUAAAGCGGGAGGAUACCAAGGAUUGGUGAAAAGACUUCGCAAGGCGGAAUUUCCCCCGCGACGACCUACAGGAAGGAUUGAUCCCCGAAGGCAUGGAUUUGGCUUGGCUCGUUCGGCGUUUUGGAGGG